CAUUGUUUUUUUUUUUGAACAAAAGGCUCACUAUCACAUUGUUAUCUUAUACGUUAAAUAGCAUACUGAAGUUAUGUGUAAAUAACUUUAAUAUUAUGUAUAAUUAACUUUCAUUUGCGUUAAACUAUUUUCCCUUUACUUGUCUUAGCAUACGAUUCAUAGAUUGUAUUUCUACUGAAAAUCAGUUCUGCAUGAUUUAUAUAGAAUAUAUGCCUAACUUCUACAACAAUUACUUGACGACCUACAAUAGUUACUUUGUUAGGGAAAAUAUUUGGUGUUAGUUUAUUGCAAGGGCACCGGCUUAUGGUAGAUGUAUCUUGUAUAACUGAUGUCACAUGAAUCAGCUAAAUGUGAUUAAUUUAACAUUUUCUAUAACCGAAAAUAUGAAAAUAAUAUAAGAUUUCUAUUUACAAGCCAAACACCCUAAAUAUUAAUAAUACAAGAUCUGUAAAAAGAGUGUUGAAUAGUCAAAAAUGAAUCAAAGCAAAUCAUCUGUUGAUUUGGCCACUGAAUGUGGACCGCUUGUGCUCUUUGAAGAAAUUUUCCCAGGACAUAAGCGUGGUAGCCAAUUAGAGACAGUGACACCCAUAGACACGCACUAUUUUCUAAGUCUAUGAUCACUGCCUGAAAAACUAGUGCAUUGCACUGAACAUAUGUAUAUAUUGUCUUACAUUUAUUUCUCUAUAACAUUUAAACCUUCUCCUUGCAUACGGUUUGGAAAAAAAAUUCCGCAUGCUGAUAUAACUUCUUUGCUGUUGUCCAUGUUUGCUAGACAUACAUAUACUGGAACUACUCUGUCGUUGACCUUGAAACAAUACAUAAAUGAAAGUGAAACCACUGUGGCACAAACAUUUGAUUGGAACCACAUAUAGUUCUUAUAUACCCACCCAUUAAUUACUAAUCAUUUAAUGGUUAACUUGUGUUGACUAUUUACUUAUUUACUUAUCAUCUUCUAGUUGCACCUUUACUUCUCAAUGAGUCAUUUCUACCGUACACGCACACAUACAAAUUAUCACUUGACAUCCUUUAACUAUUCUGUGUUAAAAAAACAAAAAAAACUUUUAACUAUUCUAUAUAUGAUGCAUAGGUCAUAGGUCAUGGUGAAAAACAAAAAAAAAAACAAUAUCUAAUACAUAGGUCAUGGUGAAAAACAAAAGUAACACCUUGCAAGACAACAAUUGAUCAAACAGUAUAACUUGGGAUCACAUUGCUAAACAUACUACAUCAGCUGUCCUAUAAAGUACCAUGGUCUUGUACUCUUGAACCACUAACUCAAUCUUAUAUUUCAUAAUAAAAAGAAAAAAGAAAAAUCAUAUAGAGGAGGAUACAUAGAACAAUGAACAAAAUGCACCACCCCGACCACACCACUCCACCCACCAUUUAAAAAUUAAAAAGGACAAGAGGAAAGAAUCAAAUCAGGACCCACAUGAUAUGGCACUAAACGUAACUUUAACGAAAAUCCAAACACUCUUAUAUAUAUACAAAUCUCCAAGCAAACAACAGAAAAAACAAAAGAAACAAACUAAAAGCAAUAAAGAAGAAGAAGAACAAGAAGAUGGGGAACUGUUUAGUAAUGGAGAAGAAAGUGAUAAAGAUAGUGAGAAACGAUGGGAAGGUACUUGAAUAUAGAGAACCCACAACUGUUCGUCACAUCCUUACGCAAUUCUCUGGUCACUCUCUCUUUGACAACAACAGUACUUGUCAUCUUCUUCCCGAUGCUAAGCUUUUCUGUGGUCGUGUCUACUAUCUUGUCCCUACAACAAUGAAAAAGAAAAAGACCAAAAAAGUAACGUUUGCGGAUCCUGAGGUGGAAGAAGAUGCAAGAGUACUAAGAGAAGAAGUUUUUGACACUUGUGAAAGCAACAUCGAUGGUGGUGACAAUAAAAACGUGAGUGUUAUGAGAAUGAAGAUCGUUGUGAGUAAGCAAGAGCUGGAGAAGCUGCUCCAAGGAGGGUCGGUUCACGAAAUGGUGUACCAGACUCUUGAGAAGCAAACUUUGCUUUCUGAUGAUGAUAAUCUUGAAUGUAAUACAGGUUGGAGACCUAUGUUAGAUGGCAUACCUGAAAUCUGAAUACUCCCACAAGAAUAGAACAGAUAGAUCAUAGAUAAUAUAUACAAAACAGUCUUGAGUUUGUUCAAGGACAGUUGUUUUUGAGGUUUUGUUGUAUAUAACCUUUGAAGCUAUGUUAUCAAUAACCAAUAUUAUAUUAAUGAUGACAAGUUUUUUUUC